AUGUUUUUGCCGGUUUUCGCUGUGGCUUUGCUUUGUCAGACGGCUACGUCUUUUAGUAUUUUCAGGUAAUGAUACCUUUUCUUGCAUCUGAGAGACUACUGUGAUUCAAUUAAAUGCUUCAAUGAAACUGCAAAUUAAUUAUUGCGUUAACGGUAAUAAAUUUCACUUACGUGUUGACUCAAGAUUCUUAAGAGAGAGGAACUGAACGGAAAUGUUUAUUGAUAGCGUAUUAGAGUUUGCAUUUGAGUAUCCAGCCGACCGGCCGGCUGUUCAUGGCUUGGAUAUAUGUUCACUUUAAAAGCUUUAUAUAAAUUCAGUUACUUGCAGCUCGUAAUUAACUGCUCGAGCCAGCGAAGGGUGAAAAAAAUUGAGGGCUUAAAAGUUUCUGACUCCCGUUUCCGGGGUAUAGAUCUUUGCGGAAAUGUUCCAAAGAUAUUUCUUUUAAAACGAGAAAAGUUUGUAAAAGAGGUCUGUUGUUUAAUGUAAGCGCCUGGAAAUAUUUCUUCUUGCAUUGUAUGCAUUCUCCCAUGAACAUUCACAGGGUUGGAUGGGAAAACAUCUGGGACUGCGCUCACCGGGAGGCCUGUUCAGAUGCAGAAGUUUCAUUGAAUAGUUUUUUAGCUAAGGUGGGCAUUCCAACGUUGAACUAAGUUGGAAAUACAGUAUUUAUCAUAUUUGAUCAUCAUUUUCCCAUUCUUUAACACCUUUCAAGCAGCAAGUUUACCAGAAAACUCAGUGCUUUGGUUUGGGGCUUGCUCAGCUCUCUUUCUUUGGUAGUUCAGGGUUGCCUGGGGAGGGGCUUACCUGUCUAGGUAUACAUCUGGAAAAGUGUUGGCCAAUAUACCAAAAUCUCCCUUAAUAACUGUAAACCCCAAAGAAGACACUUAAUACCCCCAAAGCCUUGGCUGACAUCUGGUACAUGGUUUUAUUUUAUUACAUCAUGAUUUUUUUUCUAACAUUUGCUUGUGAUCUUUGGUGAAGAAUAAUUGUUGCAUGACUUACCCAAAAGUUUAGAGACAAUAGAUUUAUCUCAGUGGUCUGCAGACAUGCCUGGCAGACAGUUUGGUAUCUCAUUCCAGGCUGUAUAACACUGCUCCAUUAAAAAGGGGAUUAAACAUCUCCUCUUUUAAUAAGUAUUAAAAGGAAUGAAAGUGUAACUAAGGCCCAGUUCAAACAUUGAACUUUCAAACCUAAUUAUUAAGUUUGGCACAUGUAAAUUACAAUAUGUGAAUCAAUUAGGAUAAUAAAUUAUAAACAUUUGAAUUUGGCGGGUCGUCCCACAAUAUAUAUUCUAUUAUUGACCGAUCAUGAGCUCUUCCAAUAGAAAUUGGCAAGAAGUCAACUUUGUUGAACUUCACAUUCUGCUGAACUUAAUUGCAUAAGUUAUGUUCAUGUAUUCCUUCAAUAAAACCAUUCUUUUUAGUUGUAGCCAGUUGUUUUCCGUGCAUUUGUGGACAAAACUCACAGUCUAAGCACAUUAAUAUGAUGUUGACAGCACUCUCAUUGAAGAUUUUGAGUCUAGUCCAGACUGAAACUGCAGGGAAGUUAAAAACAGUCUUUGAAAUCUCUCUUUGAAGCUAUAUCCGUAGUCACAAACCUGCAUUCAUUUUCAGCAGAACAGAUGCUGUCGAUGCAGACUUUAACCUGUUUAUCUUAACCCAGUGGUGGCCUCAGACCAUGUGUUAUGAUCAAAUGGUAAGUUUUUCCUUCAUCUAUCUCUUGAUUAUUCUAACACAAGAUAGGUAUUUUAAUACUAUUUGGAAAAGGCAAGAUGACACUCUUGAAUUUGUUUGGUAUGACCUGCCUAUUAAACCCAGGGAAACUCCCAUAUGAAUAGAACAUUUGAGGAUGCCCAACAAUUUUGGUCUCAUAUAUUUUACCCCUAAGAAAAUGAAAAAAAGAGAUUUAAUCGCUGGCUAGGGUAGUGUUUAAAGAAAUAAGUAAAUAGGAAAUCAAACACAUCUUUACGAUAAAUGUUAUGUAUUAUUUUAAAAUAAUGAAGAUAGUACGCAUGUUCUGAUUGGUUAGCAACCUAUGGUUUAUUGUGCUGGUAAACUCAUAGAAAACCGAAAAAUUUGCCGUUUUACUUUAAGUUUUUUUAUAAAAGCAAUAGACCGCACUUUCUAUGGGUUUACUGGCGUGAUAACCCACUUGGGAUGUUGGGAGAACAUGAGAAAAGCUUGUAAAACACUCACCUUCAGCUCGUGAUUCACAAGCUUUUCUCAUGUUCUACCAACGUACUGCAUGGGUUAUCACGCCGGUAAACCCAUAGAAAGUGUGGUCUAUUGCUUAAGUAUAGUAUACAAUAUUCAACAUUUUAUUCGCAGUUUUGGUUCUGGAAAUUGACUGCCUGUUAUGGUAUAGUCUAUUUUAGGAGUAUAAAACCUGAGCCACACCCCGAUAGUUCUUCUUUUAUGGGUUUAAAUCUUUAUUUACUGGUGAGUAUCCCUAUCCUUUUCAUGGGAGAGUCACCGCAACUCCCACCCCUAAAACUCUUUCCCUUGUUUUACAGGCCAAUAAAACUCCAUUAUUUUCCAUUAUACUUGGCAUCUUUUGAUAUUAUUUUAGCUUAACUUGUUAACAUGGUGAAAUAUAUGCACUUAUAUUUUAUAAUGGUAGGUUGCUUAAAUACAUGUAUAAGUGCCACAGUGAGCAUAGAAUAAUUUAUUAAAAGAAACUUUCUUGCCUGAUUUUCCAGCUGAGAAGCAUAUCAAUCCAGAGUCAAACCUAUAUGGUUGUACUUUUGAAGUUGCCGUGUUUGCAUACAUUGAUCUGCACAGGCCUGACUCAGUCAGGCAUGUUUCAUUCCAACGUGCAUUCACAAGUAUCAGUAUCUUAUUUGACCUAUUCAUAAUUCUUUUCUGAUCUGUUUUAACUUGUAGACUGAAGAGAACUUCAAGCGCAUUAAAAUGAAUCAAACUAAAAGCUGUGUGCCUGAAGGAGUCACCAAGUGGACAAUUCAUGGAUUAUGGUACUAUUUGUAAUAACCUUUGUAUCGUAUAUAAUUAAUGUACAGAUUUAGCCAAGGCCAAAAGCAAUUUAGCUCUCACUGGAAAUUGUUUUCUCGGCCUGCGCCACAUUGGUAGGAGGCAAGUGCUCUCACAACUGCACGGAGUGCACUGUCCGUUGCUCCCCAUUUUGCUUUCUUAUGUUAAUGUAUGGCAUAUUUAACAAUUAUUUCUAAAGCCCGAAUAUGCAUAUUUAACAAUUAUUCCUCGAGCCCGAAUGGGCUCUGAGUCAAUAGCCUAUGAAGCCUAGGCCCGAUAAUAAAAAAAAAAUUAGCUAGUUAAAGCUAGACUUUAAUCCUUUUUUGCUGCCAAAAAGCCUGAGCUUUUCGCUACUAGUGGGCUAUGACAUAUAGCCUAGUAGUAGCUCAACCAUUCAGAACACAACAUUGAUCAUAGACCAUUAGUUGGAUUUUACGGAAAUGAAAUAUUGCUUUCUUUUUCUUUUUUUCUCUUUUCUACCUAGAUCCUUUUUUAUUCACCCCUCUGUUAGCUUCUUGUCACCAAUUAUUUCCAUUAUUUUUAAGCACCUUAACCCCCCUCCUUCCCCCCACACACAUACACCUGUCACAUACUAACAUACCUGAUUACUUUUCCCAUUCUCACUGGUACCCUCCUUAAUCCCUUACCCUCUGCAUUAUUUUUAUUGAUUAUUUUCUAAUGACAAAAAACUUUGAUGCACUGAUUUUUGUGGGUUCAUCCUACAGGCCUACGAUUGGUACAGAACACAAACCAGAGUACUGUAAUGAAUCAUGGCCCUUCAAUGAAUCAGUGAUACAGGUGACCUAACAUUUCUACCUUAUUAUAAGAAAUUAACGCUUCAUGAAAUAAACAUAAAUUUCAAAAAUUUGCAUUAAUUUUUGGAAAUGUAUAUUUCUGUGCAAUUGAUUAAAUGGAACGGUGAUUACAGCAACCUUAAUUUCCAUUCCUUUUGCCCCAAAUUCUCAAUACACUUCUGACAUUCUUGACACCUAAGAAAGAAAAACAUUUUUUUCAGGGUGUAGAUGAUCUGCCAGAAACAGUGAAACAGUUCUUCACUUGACCCUUUUGUACAUUCAGGGAAAGAACCACAAAAAAAGUUCCCAUUUUGGAUUAUACAGUCAUUUACCUUAAUGUUCCUAUUGUCUUGACAAAUUUUGCUUUUUUGUGGGUGUCAUUAAAUUCAUUUUGAAAAUCUUACUCCCUCUUUCAUAUUAAUUUCAGUUAUUCAAAAGUUGUUUUCCAUCAACUUUGCAUUAUUUUAAGUCACAUUGAUUUCCAAUACCUUAAUUUCCAAUACCUUAAUUUCAUGGAGCAUUAAUUUCCCAUAAUAAGGUAUACACUUUUUAUCAUUUUUUUUCUUCUUUUUUUCCUUUGCUAUUUUGUGCUUUUGUCCUCUAGACGGAUAAGAUACUUCUUUGUUGAUAUUUCUUGUAAAAUAAGUUAAGCAUGGGACUGUGCUGUGUUUGUCACUGGUGAACUAUUUUUUAGAAUUGUUGUGAAAAUUUUGCCUUUUCCAGGAUUUGUUGCCGAAACUUGAACGUCAAUGGCCAACUCUUGAAUCAGGCCAACAAAAUGCGGAAUUUUGGUAUGAAAUUUUAAACAUGGAUUGGCAGUUAAUAAUGUUCAAUCCAGUUUUCAGUGUUUCAGCUGAAUUCUCUCUAAUAAAUUACUUGUCUUGUUAGUCAGUUUAUGUCUUGUCCUAGUCAGACAAAAUGUCAUUUGUAAAUGCUUUGUUUGUAGUGUAAAUGCUUUCAGCAACUCUGAAUACUUACAGGCACCCCAAUGUAGUAAUAAUUAACAAUUAAUGAAUGAGGCUGAGUAUCUUAUGAAGAAUUAUGGAGAUUGAGGAGGGUGUUAUCACCCUCCCAGAUCUCCAUAAUUCUUCAUAUGAUACGAAAGCCGAAUUCAAUAAUUUAUUGUUUUAUUAUUCAUUCAAAAUAGUUUCUAGUUUACAUGUAAAAACAUGGCUAAAACAUUCUUACCUCCAUUGAUCCAUCGAUGUUAAGUUCACCUUCGAUGGUGAACGUUUAGGGUUGUUCAGCCCAGCAAAUAUUCUCCAAAUAGCAGAUGUCGCCCUUCGAGUUGUCUUCUUGCUGUUCUUGCCAUGUUUUUAGCUAAUUUUUGCCUAGUUCUUUCUCUUGAAACCAGUGAAAUGUCCGCGAUUUUUCAAUCACAACCAAAACAACUCAACCUCGUCCGCAGGUCUUCUUGGUUAACCGUGCAUUAACCUGUAGAAGGCUGCAUUUUUGACGUCAUUUCCUCGUUAAACACAAAAUUCUUCCAAGUUUGGUCAUCAGUAAAUGGUUAUGGUGAAUUAUGCGUGUGCUUUUAGCCAAUCAGAAUUGAGGAAAUAUUUUGAAUGAAUAAUAAUUAUGAUUAAAACAGACAAUCCAAAGAGAACAAAACAGAUUUAAGAGAUACCCAACCUGAAGAUUCUCCCUUUGCUUUACACCCCAUCCCCACACACCACCACAAAAGAAAUCAAUGAUUAAACCUCCCCCACCCCUCUGAUAAACACAAAUUGGCCCAGUCCCAAGUUCAUCUGGCCUGCAAUGAUAUUGUAUCACUGUAUUUACUCGAUUAAACGCCGCCCGUCGGUUGAACGCCACACCUAUGCGUUUUAUCAAGGAAUAGAGAAAACAUUGCUACAUCUUGGUAAUCUACACCAUCCAGACAAUUACGAUUCCUUUUCAGGAAAUAACUUAGAACAUAUUUCUGUUUCACAUAACAUUUACAAAUGAUUUACUGAAUGAUUUAGUGAUGUAAGAAAUGUGAUUUGAAAUAAACGCUGCAUUGGACAGAUCAGAAAUGGGGAAAAUCUAAUAAUCGACGCAGCGUUUAAUUGAGUAAAUACAGUCUUUGUAGUUAGCAUACCAAGUGCUAGUCCUACUUUUUUGCAAAAACUUAAUAAACAGAUGAAUUAUUAAAAAAAGUGAAAUAAAUAAGUUUUUGGUCAGUUAUUAGCUACACUUACCCCGUAAAAGGGAAUCUGGAUUCUGGAAUCCAAGAAAUGUUUGCUUGUAAAAUCAGGAAUCCUUGGGUUUGGAAUCCGGAAUUGAAGUUCCACUGUCAAAGGCCGGAAUCCAGUACCUGGAAUCUGGAAUCCACGGUGUGGAAUCCAAAGUCCAAGACUUGGAUUUCCUUGUACAAUUACACUUCAUAUUCUUAUAGAUAAAAAAAAAUUAUUGUCCGUAAUUUCUUUCUUUCUUUUUUUUUUUUUUUUCGUCACAAAGGAAACAUGAAUGGGACAAACAUGGAACUUGCAGUACCAAUAUUCCUUUUUUGAACUCAGAACACAAGUACUUUACAAAAACGCUGUCACUGAAUGUCAAGUAUGACCUAUACAGGUAAGGUGUGGAACCGUCAUACACACUUAUGACGCAAGCAUGAAAGGACGAGACCUAAGGGCCACAACGCAAUUAAAUUGUAUAAAAGGGCAAAAGUGCACCCUAAAACAACUACAAAACAUAGUUCUCACAAAUGCUGCGCUGCUGCGCUUUGUAAUAAUCGUUCCGAUAAUAGCAAAGACUGGACGUUUCAUGUGUUUCCGAAGAAUCCUUGCCGAAGGUUGAUUUCUCCACUAUCCACUGCGCACGUUCAUUUACUAUAACUGCUCCAGGAAUAUCUUUUGAGGUGAAUUUUAAAUCACAAAUCGCUCUUGUUUUCACCCCCUAUUUACUUUUUUAAAGUUUGCGGGAAAUCUUGUGGCCAUCAGGCCUCGCUUUCAUGUUUACGUCGUAAGUGUGUAUUCAGUAAGUUCACAUGAUUGAGGGAAUGGGGGAGAGGGGGAGAACGAAUUAAGAUUGAGAUACUGGAUCAUUACACAUUUCUGGGAAACUACCCACCUACCCCUCCCUAAAGCCAACAUUUUACCCCAAGUGAGAAGUAGGGGAAGCCGAAGGGUAGGUGGACAGUUUCCCAGAAACGUGUUACUGAAGGUAUCCAAGUCGUGGGUCCACGUCCUCCUUACAUCUCUCCAUUGGUAAAUUUCAUGUCGUAGUCGUGCUGCGGACCUCAAGGAAAUGUACCAUGUACCAAAUGUGUGAUACACGUGCACGUGCGCAAUCUUAGUUGAUCCGCGCUGCAUCAUGGGAUACCUGAAUAAUCCCCCAGUGUGGGGGGCUGUUGUUUUGAUAAGUGAACCUUUUUUUUCUUUUUUCCGGCUUUCUCUUCCGUCGUCUUUACAGUUAUAAAAAAGAAAGCUUCUGCUACCAAUGAGAAGAGCACUUUGUGAUGUGUGCGCCCACUUCCUUAAUCUCCGCUAUCUCAGAUCGAUUAACUCGAGUCCGGACAAAUUUUUGAACGGACAAAAAACGUGCACGGAUCCGCCUUUCGUCCACACGGGCGUUACUGCAUCAGUGGGCAGUUGUUCAGGCAGUCCUGCUUCAUGGUGCUUCUUAGGUAGUUCUUGAGCCGUCUGAGCGCGGUAAAUGUGCGCUCUGAUGUCGCCGAUGCCACAGGUAAUGUCACUGGCGAUAUUUUCGGCGCCAAAACGUUGGACAGGCAGCCCCCCCUGCUCCACCCCCUAUGAUAUUGUAUUGAACACAGUUAAGAGAAAGUUCGAUUCAUCUUCUUCUUGCAGCGCUUAUGUCAUAAUUACGAUAUUGUUUUGAUCGCACAUUUGCUGGGUGAUAGGGUUGGGAUUGCGUUUGUCGCUGUGAUAUUGUAUUAAUUCUUUUUUUUAAUAUUCACGGGUUAACUAGACAGCUUGCGUCUUAGCCAGCGAGCAAGCUCACCUAUUUGGGCGAGCAAACGCGCGAGCGAGCCGGCAGAGAACGCGCAAGCAAGCAGCGAGAAGAGCUUGCUCGCAGGCUACUUGCGUCUCAACCUUGUUACAGUCAAACCAGGUGAAGCGUUCCCGUCGCUAACGAACUAAUGAAUUCAUUCACGGAAAAAUGAUUUCGUUUGUUGAUUCAAUAACCCAUUCAUAAAAUGAACAAUCCAAUAUUCAUAUUUAGCCUCGAUUCCAUAGUCGAAUGUUGAUUCGAUUACUGUUUUUUGAAAAACUACACUUUCCACAAGUUGACCUCAGAAUUUUGUUUUUUCCUCUUUUUUUCUGAGAGUCGAGUGCUGGCGAGUUCUGAAGUUCAAACCCAAACAAACUGUUACAUGUACGCCAGUUUGCUGCCAGUAAUCAGUGCAACAGACCUAGGCCUGACCUCUUAGAAAACACAACGGUCAAACUGAGGUCAGUGUAUGUGCGGUGAUUGGUGGAUUUCGAUCCUCGGCCUUUGUCAGUUUCUUUGCGUUUGCGGUCUGUCUAUUCUAGCUGUUAUUUUGAUUAAAGGCAAUGAAAAACGCAAUCGUAAAAAGCAGGAAAAAGGAAGCAAAUACGAUUGAACACGACAGACAAGAAUAAAGAACAGGUAGAUUUUGUUCAUAAACCAAAUCAACAUUUGAUUAUUGAAUGGAGGUCCAAUUUGACUGUUGGAUUAUUCAUUUUAUGAAUGGAUUAUUGAAUCAACAAACGAAAUCAUUUUUCCAUUAAUGAAUUCAUUAGUUUGUUAGCGACGGGAACGCUUGACCUGGUUUGACUGUAACGAAGGUUACCCCGCUUGAAAAUGAAUAUGAGAAUGCGAGAAUUCCUUGAGGAUUGAUAAGUUUUGUAUCAUUUGGUAAAGUAUCGUUUAAAGAUACUGAGUAUAGCUUACCGUGUCCUCAGGAAGUACUGUUGCGGCGGCUAAUGAUGGGGUUUUAUAAGAUUUGUUAACAUAUGUGACUAUGUUUCUUGUAAAUAGCAUCCUUAAACAGAGUGGAAUUGUACCAUCAGAUGAUGCAACAUACCAGGUUAGGAGAAUGAUUUGAUCUGCCUUUUUUACGAUUUCAAACUCUGUCUCUGUUUAUAAUGGUUAAAUCUGUACGUAGCUGUUUUUUUGAAAACGUCACCGCCAAAUAGACCUCCUCCGAUCAGUAUAAAAACUAAGAGUAUAACCCGGCAUUACUUUUUUUUCUUCUCCUCCUUUCCUUCUCCUCACCCUCAGUUGCCGGCCAUUUUUCCUUUUCUUUUGUCUUCGUUAGUGUAAUUUAGGCCUUAUUGGACGCGAAAAAAAACCCUGCCUAUUUGGCUCUUUCCAUUCUGCAAACAGUCUCGCUAGAUUCCGCGUUUUCAAAAAUCCGGCCUCAUUAAAGGCCUUUGAUGUCUAUCCUACGUAUGUGAAGCGGAUAUUUACGACCUUAAGAUUUGUGAACAAAUAAGACAGCUUUAUUUAUAUAUCGUGCUCUUUGGCCUUUCUCUUGAAAUAAAAUGUCGUGGCUCGUAUUAAGUGUUGAAUUUUUGCCUUUUUUUUACCUUUCUUUUUUCUUUCGCAGGUGAAGGAAAUUCAAGGCGCCUUUUUUGACUUCUUUCGAGUUCGUUUCAGAAUGACUUGCUACAAAACCGAGGUAACUCGCUCAUAUUGGCACGUUUUAGCUUGUCACGUGUUUUAGGGUUUACACUUAGUACCAGUUUGUUCCAACGUUUGAUAGCGCAAUCAACCUGGUAAGUAUUAGGGAAACCAGUAGGACAAUUGCACGAUGACGCCGUUGUACCAUAACAAGCAUUAUACUACUACAUGAAAAAUUUCUGCAAUUUGAUUGGCUUAGAGCAGUGGUAUUUCAACUUAAUUUGAAAUACCUACAUGUGAAAAUUACAAAACCUUUGCGGGUAGUAGUAUAAACAAAUAAUAGCAUGAUUUGUACGUGAUAUUUUUUUUGAGGCAAAAUUGUCUCAAAUUUUCUCUUGGAAAUUACGUAUAAAAUUGAAAAACUCAUCGUAUUUAUGCCAAAAACUACAAAUCAAACGAAUCCUUGGGUCUUCCCUUUUCUGUGAGGAAAUUAAGGCUAUUGUUUUUAGGCUAUUUUCUUGGAUUGGGAAAUUGAAUCAAGUAAGCGGAAACGAAAUGAAUUCUGGUAGGUGUAGUCAUAUGAUGUCAACUUGAAAAUGGCCCAUUGCGUUUUCCACUGGAUAGAGAUAAAAUACGUUGGAUAACGUUAUCCACUUUUUGAACAACGGGGGCUGAUUGGUUGCUGAAACUAGUGGUCGCAUUUCCAACCAAUCAACAGGUGUGGCAACGCCAAUGCAAUCACGUAAGUGACUUGAAACGCUCCAACAGAGGUACCUUAUUACAUGAAAUUUUCGCGACACGUUAAUUUCGCGAUUUUACGAUGCGAGUAUUUCGCGACAAUUAAAUUUCGCGAUUUUGCGAAAUUUUUGUACUUUGAAUGACUUUAAUUUCGCGAUCUUUAGUGAGACGCUAUUUAUUUAACUUAUCCUUCAAGCAAAUAGAACAACCUCAUUUACAAUAACUUCAAAAUUUAUAACAAGAGGUGCAGCGACAGGUCUAUAUGAGAACAGUAACAUCAAAGUUCUAACAAUUUUCACACGAAUUUUUCCGCUUGUUCGUUAAUUUUAGUCAAUUGACCAUGAUUUCCAUAGCCGUUUGUGUAAAUUCGUCCUUUCUUCAUUAUUAGCUGUUACUGAUAUAUCGUUGUUCACUUAAUUUUCGCGUUAUGUUAUGUUUGCGACAAUUAUUGUUCGCAUCACUUUAAUUUCGCGAAUUUAAAAAAAUCGCGAAAUUUAAGUGUCGCGAAAAUCUCAUGUAAUGAGGUAUUUAUGCGCAGCAAUAGCGGCGAGUUUUUGCAGCGACAUCAGUGCGAUCUAAAUGCGCUUUUAUUAUUAUUAUUAUUAUUAAAUGUGUGUUCUAUUAAAUAAUAAGUAUAUAUACAAAUAUGACGGACAGAAAUUGAUAAACCGCGAGAAUCGCCAUGUAGUUACGCUAAACGUCGAUCAUCAUCGAAUUUGCUGCGCCUCACCUUCGAUAACUCGUGCUGAAAUCAUCGCCUGUUUACAGUUUUGACCUGGUCCCUGUUGUUCAAAAGCUGCAUAGCGCUAUCCUUAGGAUAAAUCACUAUCCAGCGGCUAAGUAUUAGGGAAAUCAAUUGCGCUAUCCACUGGAUAGAGAUUUAUACGGUAGGUAGUGUUAUCCACCGGAUAAAUCACUAUCCAGCGGCUAAGUAUUAGGGAAACCAAUUGCGCUAUCCACUGGAUAGAGAUUUAUCCGGUGGAUAGUGAUAUCCACCGGAUAAAUCACUAUCCAGCGACUACGUAUUAGGGAAACCAAUUGCGCUAUCCACUGGAUAGAGAUUUAUACGGUAGGUAGUGUUAUCCACCGGAUAAAUCACUAUCCAGCGGCUAAGUAUUAGGAAAAUCAAUUGCGCUAUCCACUGGAUAGAGAUUUAUACGGUAGGUAGUGUUAUCCACCGGAUAAAUCACUAUCCAGCGGCUAAGUAUUAGGAAAAUCAAUUGCGCUAUCCACUGGAUAGAGAUUUAUACGGUAGGUAGUGUUAUCCACCGGAUAAAUCACUAUCCAGCGGCUAAGUAUUAGGAAAAUCAAUUGCGCUAUCCACUGGAUAGAGAUUUAUACGGUAGGUAGUGUUAUCCACCGGAUAAAUCACUAUCCAGCGGCUAAGUAUUAGGAAAAUCAAUUGCGCUAUCCACCGGAUAGAUAUUUAUCCAAGGGGUAGUGUUAUCCGCAUUUUAAACAACUGUAGGUGGACAAAUUUCCCAUGUACCUCCCCUUGGCUCCGCAAUUGACGCAAAACUGUGGAAACAUCUUUCUUGGGCCGAACCAAAAUGUGUAUGGAAAAUCUGAAAUAUUUUUCGUCGGCUGGAAUCAAGAUAUGUUUUAGCCACAAAUUGCUUCCAGUGGGUUCGAAAGGGAAGUCGCCUGUAUAGACCGUCUGCGAUUUAGUGCACGUUAUCGUGUUAGAAAACCACAGACGGACAAUACCAAUGGUUCUGACGAUACGUGGGCCAGCUGUAACGCAGGCUACGGCUAGUGAAAUUGUAUACCGUGUGUAAGACACAAGACCCUAAAGUUCAUACCCUGUUCAGCGGAAAAGGCCCGUUCGGGCCAAAUAAGAGUGUGCCCCGCCCUUUCCCCGGGGGCAAAACCGAACCAAUCUUAUCACGCCAAAAAAAAUUUCGAGACUGAAAUUGAUAAUCACUCUGAAUCUGUUAUUGCUGUCGGUCAUCAUUCGUUUCCAUCCUCCGAAGUGAGCUUUGACACCUUAUGGUACCCACACAAAGUAAUACCUUACAGAGAAGGGAGUGCAUUGACUAUAGUAAUUAAAGUUAAGCACUGAAUUUGGUGAUAACACUGAAUAUAGUGAUUAGGGCUAAGCAUUUCCUGUUACGGUAGUGAUUAGGGUUAAGCUCUAUCUCGAUAUGGUACACUUUAAUUGGCCGUUCAUCAAAAACGUUCUGCUCAGGAAAUCCACCAUGGUGUUGAGGUAUGGGCAAUGAGCUACAGUUCUGAGACCUGGAUCAAUUCCCGAUAACGUCUCCCUGACUAUUUUCUUCUUCUUCUUGAAAAUUUCAAGAGAUUUAGAAAUUUAAUGUAGGUAUAAGUGAUAUGGAAAGGUCAUUUUUGAGGGUGGGAAGGAGAGAUAUUAGAGAGCUUAAGGGAAGACGUUGUGGGGCGACGCUUUUCAAACGGAAAUUAGGCCUUUUUCUGUCUAAUAUGCAUUGACACUACCAAAUAUGUACUGCUAAGUUUUAUUACUCUUUUAGAGCUAAUUUGCCCGAAAAAUUGGGCAAAACCAUGCAAAAAGUCCGCUUCUGGUUGACUAGACUGCAAAACAGUCCGUAUUUUUGCGUAUUCAAGUACGCGCGAGCAGUCAAACGGGCGUGUGAGGCUCGCGCGCUUCGCGCGCGUAAGACUCUUACGCCACGCUUUACCGAUUUCUUUACUGAUUUUGAGAAAAAAACCGCCUAUUUUGCAGUCUACUGGUUGACGUGCGUCGCUCAAAAACAUCUUUGUCUAAAGGGACCAUGUCAGGAGGAUAUUGCUGUUUUAGGUCAAUUCUGUGAUGAAGUCAUUACAGCUGCCCACCUAUCCCUUCCCUAAGCCAACAUUUUGCCCUAAGUGAGAAGUAAGUGUUAAUGUUGGCUUAGGGGAGGGGUAGGUAGCGUCAUUACUUAGUGCCUUUAUCCACACAAAAUACUCCUGUGGAGAUAUGAACAAGACAACAUAAGGCUGGAGUACUAACCAUAACACUUUUUGUUGAGUUUCGCUGGCAUUGCAUUAAAACUUGAAAAAGUUGGCCCAACUUUUCAAGUUUCAAUCCUCGCCAUCCGUUACGACAGACAACAGGAAACAGUUUCAAUGCCUAAAUAUAGCCAUAAAUAACAAAACUAGACCAGUAUUUUUGAAAUUCAGUUGAUGUGAGAAACGGUUUUGGUUUUUAAUUUAAAAGGUAGCAUAAAGGGUGAGAACGCCCCUUUAAGCUCCCUAAUGGUUAUUUUCCUUCAUUGUAGGGUAUGGGCCAGAUGCUUGAUAGUGUAGAGUUGUGCCUGGAUAAAACUGAUCUCAGCUUGAUUGAUUGCCAGGACAGCAAUCCUGAUUGUGACUUCAGCAAACCAGUGCAAUAUCCACCUAUUAUUUACCCAAGUGACUUGGUAUAAGACCAGCUAUCAGCGAAUCAGAUCUCCGAACUGUUAGUGUACUGCAAAACUGUAAAAACAAGCUUUAAUCUUGGUGCUAAGCUGAGCUUGGCUUACUUUUAGCUUUAAACUUGACUGUAGGGGAAUACAUUUGGUUAGUCGGCUUAGAUUAAGGUAUGGGCGGCGGGGGGGAGUAACUGUUUAAUAAGCAGGUCCUUGACUGAAAACUGAAGUACAUAAAAUAGAAGUCUAGUUGAAGCCUGGUGAAAAUGAGCAACCUUCCUCUUUUAAUCUAAAUAUUAUGGAAGUAAUUAAAAACAUAAUGGAAGCAGUAGGCCUCAAUGGGAGCAACCGAUAACCGCAAUCAGGGACUCCUGCCACAAUUGAGUGAUUUAAACGUUCAAUUUUUGCUUAUCUCCUAUAGUGAAAUGCAGUCUCCAAACGUUAUUGUUACC